AUGAAUUUUCAAACGAUCAAAUUUAGUCCACCUGUGAGAGUCAUGAUGAUAAAUCCAUUGAUUCCAGCGUCACAACUACUAAUCACUAAAAUACUAUCGGGAGUAAGUUUUGGAAGAAGUCAAUUAGUUGAUUUGAUAUUAUUAGUUUAUGCGAAUGAAAUUGAUGCUGCGAACGAUUUAGGACAAGAAUUGAUUGCUUGUGCUUUUCCAUGUUACAACAGCGUUAGUGUAACUUCGGAUUUACCAAGUCUUGCAGACGCUGAUGUGUUUUGUUUCAUGACAAAUUUUGAAAAUCCUAACAAAUUUGACUUCAAGGAGGAUGAUGAUUUAGAUAAAGAGAAAGCAAAUGAACAGUUCGAUAAUUUCUACUUGAUUAUAAAAAUAGCUACAAAUUUAGCAAAAGCGCCAACAGUUAAGGGACCAGAUGAACCAGCUGUCGAUGAGGACACGGGAGAGACAAUACAACCCAGAAAACCUAUAAUACUUGCUGAUGGUUUAUUGGUUCUAGAUAUUCUGAUGAUUGUGGCAAAAACAUUGCCCCAAGAUAUGUUGUUCGCCACAACACCUUUAAGAUCUAUUGCAAAAAUUACUUUGAGUGAAUUUUUAAAGGUGAAAUGUUGCGACCUCAAUCAAGCUUAUGUUUGGGCAGCUAACGAUACAGUGUUUCACGCGGAAAUUGCAGUGCCUUUUCUUAAGGGAGACAAAAUAUCUCCAGAACAUUGGUGUGAAUGGAAUGCUAUGUCCCCAGAAAUGUUGGAGUCACUGGGUUUGGAACAUAUUAACUUUAAUGCGUCUUGGAUGAAGAGAGAGUUCAUCGAAAAGAUGGUAGCCUUCUCCGAGGCUAACCCUUAUGGCUGUAUCUUCAAAGCAGCAGAAAUGUCUAGAACAAUGAAUGCCGUUUGGUUGCCGCGUAGUAUUGAUAACAACGCAAGAACUUCAAGUACUAGUAUUGGAGUGAUCAGCGAUGGUUCAUUGGGCACGGUUAAAGGUCUACCUUAUGUGCUACCUCUGAUCAUAACUGAGAAUGAUUGGUCUAUCGAUUUCAAAUAUGAGGAGUCUAGCCAUCUAAGACAUGAAAUUAAAAGGAUUAACACGGCAGCAGUGGAACAUCAUCAAAAACUGGUUCCAUAUUGCAAAAAGUUCCUUCAAGAGAAUGUUAUUGACAAAGCGUUUAUACCGGUUUUGGUUGACAGUGAGACCGCGACCGUAUAUUCAUCUGUAGAAGAAGGCAGCUACAAUAGUGGUAGCGAUUAA